AUGAGCUUUGACGCCGGCGCUCUCGCUCAGAUGAAUUUCAACGGAAAUGGUUUCCCGGCCGGUGGCCUUGGUGCUCCCUCUACCGGCUUUGGCACUCGUGGUUCGCGCUUCAACGCUAAGAGGUUGAGUGUCGCACUGCCACCGAAGGUCGCCUCCAUCAGCGAGAAUGCUGUGGAGAACCCGACUCCUCGCACUAGCCGCUCGCACCUUCUCGCUGGUCUUCGCACCCAGCCCAAGACUCCCGCUGUUCCAGCCUCUGCUCCGUACCACCAGACUCAGCAUUUGCCGCAGGGUUUGAACGCCUCGCAGUGGUCCGAUGCUCAGACCAGCAGACACCACCGUGGCAUGCCCCAGACUGCCACUGCAUCCAGUUUCGACUUAUCCGCUCAGCAAGCAAUGGGUGGUGCACGUCAGAUGUACUCCCUGCCAGAGCAGGUCUUGGCUCCACCUUCGGUCUACGACCAGGCAGAGGAGAUGGAUCCCAAUGUGCUGCAGCAAAUGCAACUUACUAGCAUGUUCCUUGCUCAGCGCCAGCAGCAGCUGCAGCAGCAAUUGGCCACUCUCACUGCUACCGCCCAGGGCCUCAACUUGAACACCAAUAUGCAGCACAUGCCAUACCAGCAGGGUCCUAUGUCUCCGCAAGUCGGACAACCCUACUAUGGCCAGCAACAAAUGCAACAACCGCAGAUGCAAGCCCCGAUGGAGGUGCCUGGUCAACCUGGUGUUUACCUCGUCUACAACCCCGCCAUCCAGGGCUACACUUACGUGGUCGGUCAGUCAUUGCAAGAGCAACAGCAACAACAGCAACAGUUGUACCAUCAGCAGCAGCAACAGCAGCGAGUCAUCUCGCCAUCUCAGCAGACUCAGAUGCCCCAAUUUGCUGCUCCUCAGCAGCAGUUUGAGCAAACUCCCUCCGCCUUCGGCGCUGCGCCUGCACCCUCAAUCGAACGCAUCACGCCUACCAACGGUAGAUCAUUCACACCUCCUAAGAAGGCCCCUUCGCCUCCGACGACCAUUGAACAUGUUGAGCCGUUGCCUCCUCCGUCUGCCACGGCGUUCCGCCGUGGCCACAAGAAAGCUGCUUCGCUCGCCAUCAAUCCAUUUGCCACCACUACGUUGGAUGGCCCAAAGACGGCGUCGAUUGCAACUUUUGGUGCUCAGCGCAGUGCCGCUUUUGCUGCUCCUCCUCUCACUGGCACCUUUGGUCCCGGUGCUGCCCGAGCGGGCGAGCACCCCAUUCGUCAGCCCCGAGGUCCUCCUCCGCUUGACCAGCUUACUGCCGCUCCUACUAGCCGUCAUGAAGGUAGCAAGAACUUCGCCACACGUCAGCGCCGUCGUGCUCUGGAUAGCUUGACCCGCGCUGGCAACGUGCGUCGUGGCGGUGCCACUCGCUCUGCAGGUGGCAGCCCUCUCGGCGAUGAUGACCGUGCUCCUCUCGGCAGCCGCAGCUCUUCUUUCACCCGCAAGAUGAGCCCCAUUGGCUCAGAGAUGCAGGAGAAGCGCAGCAGCCAGGGCUCUGCAUCUAGCAUCUCCUCGUCGAGCAGCGUCGAGGACGUCAAUGGGCUGUACAAGGCCCCGCUGACGCCUGUCACACCCGUCACGGUCGAUGCGGCUACGAGGAAGAAGCUCGGUGUGCUCGGUGGAGUGUUGAACGCCGCCGAGAAGCGCAAGACUCUCGCACUUUAAAAUAUGGUUGGGACACGGUUGUGGACAUCUCUUGUCGAGCAAGACAAUACGGCUUUACUUUGUGCGGCGGCGAAUUAUCUCGGUAUUAUUAGGCAGGAAGGGAGAAAUUCACUCUGAUUGAUAUGGAAGGAAUAAAGAACUAUUUCCCAGUGAUUACCGCUUCGCUUCGCUGUCCGCUUGCCAUGACUCAUGACCAUGACUGUCUUUCUCCAGAUAUCCUUCCACCUCAAUCUACACCAAUGUCCUCCAGUCAAGGCCUACAUCCUGCCCCAGCUCUAGAAUUUAUCAACGAUCCUUCAAAUGAAGCACGCACGUUGUGCACGUACGUAGAGUAACAUUGCCUUCC